UCAUCGGCCAUUGAUUUUUGUCGAGGACUUCAACAAGAAGCAGCUAGGUUGUUUGCCGGGGUCACCCUUUCCAUUGAAGAGAGCUGUCUUUCUUUUCGUGGAGUUUUGUGUACUUCUGACAGUCGGUAACCGUUAGGCUGCCUUGUCGCCUGCAGAUUGUGUAGACAUGCCACUCCUAUCGACAGACAUAUUGUUGUGACAGGGCGCUCCCAGCGCGAUAAAGAUAACUUCGCCUAAAUGUGGCUGUCACGAACAGAUAAUGAAGAAUAACCGCCAGGAACCCACAAUGUAACAGCCAUUAUCCUUUGUCUGUAGUGUUGGCUGGACACGAAGCAGGACGUUGACCUUACUAAAUGUGUUCUCAUGUUGAAUUUCGCUGGCCUCCUCGUAUUUGAAAUGUAGCAUGCUCGUUCGCACUUUCUCACUAUGUUUUUGUAAUUUGGUAGUUAACUGGUUAGACAACGCACUUUAGUUUUCGUUUUUCUUGCUUUUAUGUGUCUGAGUCGCUCGCUAGCUGUCUUGCAUAAUGGGACUGUUGCUGUUGCAAUUGUCAAAAUGUCCAGGCGUAAAUAUUUUGAAGCGCAAGGUUCACUCCCGUGUACAUAUACUAUUUUGGUUAGAAUGCCAGACGUCCAGGGGACAACGAAAGGGGCGAGAGGUGAGUGUGAGAAGGUUCGAACCUGUGGCACACUCUUCGCUUUUACGCCUGAGGAGAUGCAACUCUCUCGUCCCCUGUGUUCCACUUAGACAGGGAACCAUACCUCGCCAUUUGUUGAGGAGCUCAUCAUGGACAACCACGGUAAACUUUGCCAACUACAGCUCCUCAACAGACUCAAAACAAGCAACACAACAAGAAGUUGCCAGCAAAGAUCUGCAAUCAACGGAAACAAAACAAAACCCAACUCGGUUACCCACUGAGGAUGUCAAAAGGAUAUUACAACUUGCCCACCCUGAGCGCUUGCGACUGUCCGGUAGGCCAUGUCAUUUAAGGUCACCACAGGGACAACUUCGAAAAUGACAAACAUGACACUGAAAUAUCUGUGUAAUCACUAACUUGUGCCAGUGUAGGGUUGAGUAAAUUACAUAGUUUAUUCCUUACUUAGGCCCUAUUCGUUGUCAUGAAAGUUUCAAUUUUUUAAACAAUAAUACAGUAACGUUACUUGUUUUGAUUCUUAUAUUUUGUUAUCUAUGCCAUCCUCCUCAGCGGCUGUGGGCUUCCUGAUGGUCUCCAGUGCUGUCACCAUGUCGGCGCCCUUCUUCCUGGGCCAGGUCAUUGACACCAUCUACACCAGCUCCUCAGAGGACUUCAGUGCCUCCCUCCGCUCUCUGUGUAUCAUGCUCUCAGGGGUAUUCCUUUGUGGGGGCGCCGCCAAUGCUGCCCGUGUCUACCUCAUGCAAAUCUCAGGUGAGCGUCACCGUUUGCUUUCAGUGCAUGCAGAGUGGGUGUACAUAUUAAACAGAUGGCCAUCUCUGAAUUUUUUUUGUGAUGACUGUUGUGAUUUCAAUGCCAUACAGAGGAACUAAUAAAACAUUUUAAACAUCUGUGACUCUUGCAGGGCAACAGAUUGUGAGAAAUCUACGUGUAUCCCUAUUCUCCUCCAUUCUGAGGCAGGAGGUGGGUUUCUUUGAUAAGACCCGUACCGGGGAGCUCAUUAACCGCCUAUCUGCGGACACAGCGAUCAUCGGCCGCUCCGUCACAGACAACCUUUCAGAUGGGCUCCGCGCUGUUGCCCAGGCAACAGCUGGGGUCAGCAUGAUGGUGAGAAACAGCCCUCUGCCCACAUGUUUGUAAAGGGUGUGUUAGAGUGUUAAAGUCCAUUCUACUCUGUACUGGGGUCAGUUCUAAGAUUUUGAGUCACAUGGGAAUGCAAGUUAGUGUAUUCAGAGGUGAAACUGGCUUGACUUGAGGAAGAAGAUGUGAUUUUUCAUCCUUUCAUGUAUAGCUUUCCUUAGCUGUUCUGGUUCAUUGUUCUGGUUUGACCAAAGUUCUUCCUGUUACAACAACGACAUUUCGAAUUUAUCGAGUUUCCUCCUUGAUUACUGUAUAUUCCUAGGAUGUCAUUUCUAAAACUGAUGACGUGUAGCAAAAUAUCCAUAACUCAUUUAUCAUAGUAAAUAUGGUACAGUUGAAUACAUUCAUGAUAAAUAUGUUCACACCCUCUCCGGUCAUUAGCGGCUUUACAGGUUCAAAAGCCCUUUAUAAAAAGGUAAUAGUGCAGGCUUAAAAGACUUGAGCUGAAUUGCCUCUUCCCAUUUUCUGGCUUCUCCCUCUCUCUGCCAACAGUUUUACGUGUCACCCAGUUUAGCAGCCUUUGUGCUGAUGAUCGUGCCUCCUAUGGCUGGCCUGGCUGUCAUAUAUGGGAGAUACCUGCGCUCCAUAUCCAAACGCACACAGGACUCUCUGGCCGAGGCCACACAGGUAAGACAAGGCCCAUUCUAACUGCACAUCAUUAGUCAUUACUGAAGCAGUGUUUUUUUCGCCAUAGAUUAUUCUCCAAGCAGAGUAAAAAGACCUCAGGUCUUUUAAUCUUAAAAUGUCAAUUGAAACCAAUUGAUCAGACUGAUACUCCGUUGUGUUGUCCUCUUGUAGUUGGCAGAAGAGCGUAUCAGCAACAUGAGGACAGUUCGGGCAUUUGGUAAGGAGCUGACAGAGGUGGCCAAGUAUAUGGAGAAGGCCAACUAUGUUCUCCACCUGGCCAAACAGGAAGCCGUUUUGCGGGCCGGGUUCUUUGGCGCGGUGAGCAUUCAACAAUUCAAUGUUGCCCAAUAUUCCCUAAAGAGAAAUGGCGUGGUUGGUUGACAUUUUCUCAAUCAACGUCAGUUGAAUGUACUCAAGCCCUUUUGGUCUUUUGAAAGACUGGAACCACAGAGUUGUGCGAUCUGUGGUGGAAGCUUCUGCUUUUAUGACCUGUGUGUUUCUUCGGGGGUCAUUGGGUUGUAACUGGUUUUGUAUGAGUCUUUUUUUAGACUGGACUCAGUGGCAACAUCAUCAUCCUGUCAGUGCUGUAUAAGGGAGGGCUAUUGAUGGCCAGUGAACACAUGACUGUGGGAGAGCUCUCUUCCUUCCUCAUGUACGCCUUCUGGGUGGGCAUUAGCAUUGCAGGUAGGGUGUAUGUAAUUCUCAUUGCCUAUGCAUUCUGAGGAAAACCCCCGCUCAUUAAUCAAUGAACAAAUCACACUGUUAGAAUUUCAAUUUUAAUAAGAAACUGAUUCUCUCUUCCCUAGUCUGGCUGAGCAUCUGUUUAAAUGUCUGUUUCGUUGAACAGGUAUGAGCUCGUUCUACUCUGAACUGAUGAAGGGCUUUGGAGCAGGGGCACGGCUUUGGGAGCUACUGGACAGGAAGCCCGAGUUCCCCCUCAAUGGUCAGCAUCAUGCCCCUCCAUUCUUGACCACACUGAGAAAGCAUUGUGCAAAACACCUUAAUUACAGCACACAUCACACUUGUCUAGUAGUCCUCUGCAUCUAAACUGACAUGUAAACUUACAUGUCCAUGUUCCUCCUCAUUUCUCUGUAGAGGGUAUUGUGCUGAGGCCGGAGCAGCUGAAGGGUCAACUGGAGUUUCAGAAUGUCUCCUUUGCCUACCCAACCCGCAAAGACGCCCCCAUCUUCCAGGACCUGAGUCUGUCCGUGCCUGCUGGCACCGUCAUGGCCGUGGUAGGCCCCAGCGGAUCGGGCAAAUCCACCCUGGUCUCCCUGCUGCUCAGGCUCUACGACCCAGAUGCAGGUGAGGACUACAGCUCGGAGGUCAUCUCUUACAGCAGCUUCAUGUCACUGUUAAUGAAAUGGAAGAAACAUAGUCUUCUGAUUUAGAGAUCCCUUUUUUGCUGUAUAGGUGUGAUCACUAUCGACGGGCAUGAUGUGAGAGAUUUGAAUCCUUAUUGGCUGAGGAGUCACAUUGGAACUGUUAGUCAGGUAAUUGGUCACAAUUACAUUAUUAUUAGUUGGCCACAUGUUCCCAUUGUGGCUAAGCUUUGCUUUGACAUGUGGUCUAACCCUGUACUAUUCUCCUUCUGUGGGUCUGCAGGAGCCUGUGCUCUUCUCCUGUUCCAUUGCUGAGAACAUUGCCUAUGGAGCGCCAGACUCUGGCACGGUCACAGUUCAGGAAAUCCACCGGGCUGCACAGAUCGCCAACGCUUAUGAGUUUGUCCGAGGUUUCCCAAAAGGCUUUGACACUGUGGUGGGAGAGAAGGGUGUUCUACUGUCAGGUGAGACGAAUGCAUGCACAUCAGGAAUGUCCUUUGAUUUUGUGAUGUGAUUACAUAGUUGAUAGGUGUUCAUAAAAAAAUUGUAAUGGUGUUGGACUUCACUGGGCAUUCUCAAACCUGAAUGAUCUGACUACAGAGUUAUUUUUCAUAACUAGAAACCAAGCUUCUUUAACAGCUGUAAUGUCAUUACUUAUUUUGCUUUAACCAACAGGUGGUCAGAAACAGAGAAUUGCUAUUGCAAGGGCUCUGCUUAAGGUAAUUUUAAUUACACCCGAUUACAUGCAUCAACAAUUGUAAGUUUUAGUCAUAUGGGCAAAUGUUAUAAUGUAUGCUUUCCCUCAGAACCCCAAGAUACUUCUACUUGAUGAGGCUACAAGGUAAGACAUUGUGCAUGGUCUAAUCACAUUUUACAUUAGUCACUCUUCCUCCAUUUUAGACAGUUAAGCAAGGUCAAUCAGCUGGGUGAUGCAGGGUCAAACAACCCUAUAACUCAUGGACCUCUAUUCACUUUCUUUCACCCUCUUCUCCAUUCCCCUUUUCCUCAGUGCCCUGGAUGCAGAGAAUGAGUUCCUGGUCCAGGAGGCUCUAGAGCGGCUCAUGGAUGGGCGCACAGUGCUGACUAUCGCCCACCGCCUCUCCACCAUCCAGAACGCUGACGCCGUGGCGGUGCUGGACCAGCGGCGCGUGGUGGAGUGUGGUCAGCACGCACAGCUCCUGGGCAACCGCCAAGGCCUCUUCAGGAAGCUGAUGGAGAAACAAGCCUUCCUUCAAGAGGGGCAAAAGCAAGCAUUGCGUUGAUAAGAGCGGUGGGG